GCACUGGUGCCCCACGGCUUGACGCCGGAAGCGAGAUGAACAAGACCUACCUUCGGUAUGAGCUCAGCGAGACCUUUGGUGUUGUUGCGUCGCCGCAGAGCAAUGUUGUCUACGACUCGACGGGCAACCUUGCCAUCUCCGCAGCCCUGCACGAGGUCGCUGUGUGGAACCUGCGGCAAUGCUCGUUGGUGCGCCUGCUGAGCCCCGAGGGCGAGUCGGCGGCGAGCAGGGCUCAGGUGACGAGCCUCCUCCUCUCGCCGGACGGGAGGACCGUCGCCGCCGGCUACUCGUCGGGCCUCGUCCUGCUCUUCUCCCUCAAGACCGGCGCCACCGCCGUAACCCUCCACGGCCACCGGUCGGCGGUGACGGCCGCCCGCUACCACGCCUCGGGCGCGCUGCUGGCGUCGGGGUCCGCGGACACCGACAUCGUGGUCUGGGACGCUGUGGCGGAGUCGGGGCUGUACCGCCUGAGGGGGCACCGCGACGGCGUCACGGACGUGGUGUUCUUGGAAGGCGGGGGCGGGGGCGCGCCAGGCGGGUGCAGGCUGAGGAACGGGCUGGCGUCGUGCAGCAAGGACACUCUGGUGAAGCUGUGGGACCUGGACACGCAGAGCUGCGUGCAGACGGUGGUGGGGCACCGGGGUGAGGUUUCCGCUUCGUGCGCGGCGUCGGCCGGCUCCCUCGCGAGACGGAUUGAUACCUCCUAG